UAUUCUUUCUUUUUUCUCUCUCUCCCUCCUCAGAAACUCCGUCAAUAAUACAAACAUGGGUGAAAAUGAUGCAAAAACAGAAGAUCCCAAGAAACCAGACGCCGUCCCUGCCGGCGAAGAAAACAAGAACGAUACCGCCGUCGUCAUUAUUCUCAAGCUCAACCUACAUUGCGACGGCUGCGCCAAGAAACUCAACCGUUCCAUUCGCAACAAUUUCCAAGGUGUGGAUGAAGUGAUGACGGAUCUUGAAAACAACAAGCUGACAGUAAAGGGGAGGGUGGACCCGGCAAAUCUAAUCCAGAAGUUAGAGAUGAAGACUCGCCGGAAAAUUGAACUUCUCUCUCCUCUCCCAACAACCGCCGGCGCCGGCGACGGCAACGGCAACGAUGACGACAAAAAGCUUGACGAUAAAACCGAGAAGAAGCCUGAACAAUCUGAAACUAACAAAGAGGUAGAAGAAAAGCCUAAAGAGAUUACGGUGGUGUUGAAGAUUCGUUUGCAUUGUGAAGAUUGCAUGCAUAAAAUAAAAAGAGUUAUAAAGAAAUAUGAUGGAGUAAAGUCUGUUGAUUUUGAAGCGGUUAAAAACUUAGUUAAGGUGGUUGGAGUAAUCGACGUGAAUUCCCUUGUUUCAUAUCUGAAAGAUAAACUAAAGAGAAGCGUGGAAAUAAUCCCAAAUAAGAAAGAUGGUCAUGACGAAAAAAUCGUACAAAAAGAAGCUAGUGGAGAGGAGGAGGAAGAAGAAAAAGGUGGUGCCAAGGUAGACGCGAAAGAGAAGGCGAAGGUUAUAGAGACUAGUGAUCGUGAAGGGGACAAAAAAGAGAAGGAAAGUGAUACAAACAAUGGAAAGGGAGUCGCAAGUGUAGAAGAAAAAGCGGUUAGGGUUGAUGAGGCGAAAGUUGAAACAAACAAAAUGGAGUAUUAUGGACAAACCGAUAAUUCAUACUAUACAAUGCCACCACCAAUGCCUAUUAACCAUGUUUACAUCAAUCACGGUCAUAACUAUGGUUAUGGAAUGCCAUCGGAUCAAAGCCAAGGAUCAUACAACUCCGAUCCAGGCUUCGUCAACUAUCCACAUCAAGGUAAUUAUCAUAACGAGGGAUAUUACAAUUUACAACAAUAUCCCCAAUCACCAGGUCCUUACGAUGCUUUUAGCGACGAAAAUCCUAAUGCUAGUUGUUAUGUCAUGUGAAGACCUACAUUAUUGUGGUUGUGAUCAAUAAUUAAUACUUGUAACAUAUUGUAGUUAAUUGGAUGAAUGUGGUUAUGCAAGUAAUUAUCAACCCACACAUGGAAGAGGGUUUCAAUAAUAAUAUAUUAGGA